CUCGGUGGUGGAUUGAGCGAGUCUGAGCGAGGUUCCCAGAGGGCUUCGCGUACUCAGCUCUUCGGCGUUGUCAUGGCGGGCUUGCUGAAGAAGACUACUGGCCUUGUGGGGUUGGCGGUAUGUGAGAGUCCGCACGAGAGGCUAAGAAUAUUGUACACAAAAAUACUUGAUGUUCUUGAGCAAAUCCCUAAAAAUGCAGCAUAUAGAAAGUACACAGAACAGAUCACAAAUGAGAGGCUGGAUAUGGUUAAAGCGGAACCAGAUGUUAAAAAAUUAGAAGACCAACUUCAGGGUGGCCAAAUAGAAGAGGUGAUUCUUCAGGCUGAAAAUGAACUAAGUCUGGCCAGAAAAAUGGUACGAUGGAAACCGUGGGAGCCGUUAGUGGAAGAGCCUCCUGCUGACCAGUGGAAAUGGCCAAUAUAAUCAUCAUCAAAUGACUUGUGUGUUGAAGGGAAACUGAUGUAAUUAAAUGUUCUGUUAUGUCAAAAAUAUGUCCAUAUUAUUGAUAUCUAAUCAAGAAAACUGAUGCAGAAUAUAUUUAGGAGACUUGUUAAAACUGAUGAUUAUGAUAAUAGGGACUUAAGAAUUAGUUUUUGUUAAAGCAUUCAUUCAAAUUAUUUCAAAGUUUGGUAUUUUAUAAAGUAGAGGUUCUAUAAGUUUUGAAAAUUAAUAGGAAAAAUUUCUAUGUUGCAAUGCACAGGCCAUAUAUUUGAUAGGUUAAAUAUUUUUAGUAGUAUCUCUGACACAUUUGAUUGUUUAUUCUGACAAGAUCAGGAAGAAAUCUAUUAUUGCUUAAACAAAUGUAUAGGUCUUUGUUUGAAGUGAAGUAAGAGAAAAACCAUUAAAUUACAAUUCAUUUUAUAGUUGAGGGAAUUGAUUUUUGUAUUUGAAAGAAAGAUUUCGUAUUUACAGUGGUAAUUGGGAAACUUAAACUUUUUUCAAGUUUAAGGAAGUUAGCUUUCUGGCCCUUAAUUGAACUAUACCAGGAGAGAGAGUAUCUGUGAAAGAAGACAUGAUAAGAGUUCCUAAAGUUUAUCCGGCGUAUGGAUAGGCUUUUAUUCAAAACAUCCUACUUGUGUGGUUAAAACUUCCAGGUGGAGCCACUAAGUAGUUUUCACUAAGUUUUCAGUGAGUGUAACUGGGUAUCAAGAUAAAGCUGUUAAAGGAAAGAAACAAUUGACAAGUUUAAGGUUAAACAAAAAUAAAAUUAAUUUUCAGGUGUCCUCACCUUUCUAGCCCAUAUCAUUUCUAAAAACUUAGUUAAAUUUGGUAUUUCUUCAAAGACAGUAUUUCAGGGUUUGUGUGUUCUGCUGUCUCUGUGACAAAGCAGAAUCAGAAUGAGAAAGCAAAUUGUAUUUUUCUUUUUCCCGAUGAAUUUCUCCCAUUAUAGACCUGUAAAUUGAAUGCUAAAUGAUUAUGUAAAUGAAGUGGAUUGAGUUACAUUUUAGCAGCCAGACUGUAAAGAGAAAGCUUCUGUGGGGGAAGUAGGAAAGACAUUAGAGAGUCAGAAGUCCAGGGGUUCUCAUUGCCAUGGUUCUGGCGCCAUCAUGAACUCAGUGACUUAACCACAGGCAAGUUGUCAGCCUCUCAGAAUGGCCGAAUCCCUGCUCUGUAAGAGUAGAAUUUGUGAUUUAUAACUUUCUUUUCAAUUCUAAACAUUUGCUUUAGUAUAUAUUUGUUGAUAAUGAAAAUAUAUGGUGUAUCCUAAAGCAUGCUUAUAUAGAUGCAUUUAAGAUAACCUUUUAACCAAGCAGAGAAACAGAAAGUUGGCUUGAUGAGCCUUUGUCAUAUUUUCAGCCUCACUUCUCCCAUGAUUCUUGGACAUCUUAUAUAUUGCACCAAUAGAGCUCCAGUGGCAGUUGAUAAAAGGGGACUUUAUUGAUGUUUGCAUUAGAAAUGCAAGUUGUAGUUUAAUAGUAGUUGUAAUAAAAAUAGCUAAUUUGUUAAUGUUU